CUCUCUCUCUCUCUAACUUUCUCUCUCUUGCCGACAUUUUCUUCCCCCAAACUUCAUCUCUUCUUCCCUUUUCGCUUCCUCAACUAAUUUAAACAAAAAAGCACUCAAAACCCCCAUUUCCUUCAUCCAUCCUUGACGUCACCCGACCUUAAUUUAUUGUCUUUUACGACAAUUUUAGUGCCCUAACUUCCCUUCCUUUUCAAACUUCCUUAUCCUCUCUCUGAUUCUCCCCAUUACUUGGCCGCACUACCUUACACCCUUCGAUUUCAUUAAUCCGCAAAAUCGGUGUUUAAAGUCAUGCUGAGCUUCGUCGACCAACCCUUUCAAGUUUUAGAGAGUGAAAUGGUGGAGGGUUUAAAAAGUGGGGAGUCUCCCAAUCAGUGGUUACCUGCUGAAGCCCUGCAAAUCGAAGAAGAUUCAAAAUCUGUGGGGUUUUGAGGAAACGAAAUGACUGUUGAUCAUGAGGAUUCUGAGGCAAUCGAAAAGAAGAAGAGGAAGAAGAAUGUGUUAGUGGGGAUUAGGAUAAAUGGCAAUAGCAGAGAUUUGCUCAAUUGGGCGAUUGUUAAAGUUGCUGAUCCUGGGGAUUGUGUUAUUGUAAUCCAUGUUUGUCAAACUUCUGACCGUGCAUCAAAAGAUAAGCCCUUAUUUGAUGAAUUCAUAGAAGGAUACAAAAGGCUUUGUGAUGUAAACAAGGUAGCUCUGAUUGCUCAGAUAUUGACUGGAAGUUCGGUUAAGAAGACUUUGGUUAGACAGGCGAAAAGCUAUGCCGCCGGGGCUGUGGUUUUGGGAACAAGCAAACCAUCUAAUCUUGGGGGUUGGUCUUCAACAAUUAGAUACGCUGUUAAGCGACUGCCUCGAACGACCGAUGUUUUGGCUCUCAACAAUGGAAAAAUUGUCUUCAGAAGAUCCACCAAUGAUCAACUACCAGGGUUGAAUCUAGACCCAAAACCAAGUUUAAGUCAAGCUAGCCAAUCUGACUAUGAUGGCUCUGAGACUGAGAAAUCUGUUUCUUUUGGGGUUGGUAGUGAAGACUUGAAGUAUGAAUUUCAUGGAGUUGUUCUUGAAAGUAAAAGGGUCUGUUCCAAACAAGAUUCUCCAAUGAAGAAGGUGAAUUCCGAGCCGGGGCUUGGAUGGCCAUUGCUUCGAACGUCUCCAAGGAUUCCGCAAACCCCAUGUGUACAUAACAUGUCUGUAGUGCAAUGGGUGAUGAACUUACCUGAUCGUUCCCCGUAUCAUAGCUUAAGCAUAAAAGGAAAUGAUCCAUCAAGAAGGGAGAUCUCGGGUUUAUCUGCCUUUUCUGAACCACCAGGAAACCUGGAGGAUCUCCUGAAAACUAUCUCAUCUAGUUAUAAAUGGUUUAGUCCUGAUGUGUUGAAAGCUUCAACUUCGCAUUUCUCUUCAGAAAAUCUGAUUGGGAAAGGCGGCUGCAAUCGUGUAUACAAAGGAAUUCUCCCAGAUGGUAAGCCAAUAGCUGUUAAGGUAAUGAACUUUUCGAAACAGGCAUGGAACGAUUUUUCUCGAGAAGUUGACAUUAUAUCCUCGUUACAUCACAAGAACAUAACUCCCUUUCUCGGUAUCUGCAUCGAACACGAUACGUUGAUCUCUGUUUAUGAUUUCUUUUCCAAAGGAAGUUUAGAGGAAAAUUUAUAUGAUAGAAACAAAGAAAAAGGCAUACUUUCAUGGGAGGUAAGAUUUGAGUUUGCGAUUGGAAUAGCGGAAGCGCUAAACUACCUACACGACGAAUGUCCUCAGCCUGUUGUACACAGAGAUGUGAAGACAUCAAACAUUCUGCUCACUGAUGAACUCGGACCACAGUUAUCAGAUUUUGGGCUUGCAACCUGGGGACCAACAGAAUCAUCCUUUCGGAUCGAAGCUGAUGUCGUGGGAACGUUUGGAUAUCUUGCUCCUGAAUAUUUCAUGUAUGGAAAAAUGAGCAAUAAGAUUGAUGUGUAUGCCUUCGGUAUCGUUCUACUUGAAUUGUUGUCGGGACGAAGAGCAAUUGACGCAGAGACAUCGAAAGAGCAGCAGAGCUUGGUUAUGUGGGCCAAGCCAAUGAUAGAGAGUGGCAAUGUAAAGGAAAUAGUUGAUCCAAAUUUGGAGGGGAAAGUCAAUGACGAACAGUUGCAAAGAAUGGUUCUUGCAGCAACGCUUUGCAUCACGAGGGCAUCUCGACUCCGUCCUCGAAUCAGUCAGAUAUUGAAGAUUCUAAGAGGGGAGAGCGAAAACGAAUCCAAAACCAAAACCGAAAGCUUCCUUAUGGAGGAUUCACAAAGCGUGGAGAAUGGAGAUGAUGAAGUUUAUCCAAAUUCAAGCUCUGAACUGCAUUUGAGCCUUGCAUUGGUCGGUGUUGAUGACGACGACGACAACGACGACUCAUGUAGCAGUGUGGAACAGCGAAAAAGAGUAUGUUUGGAAGAUUAUUUCAAAGCAAGAUGGAGCAGAUCCUCAAGCUUCAACCAGCUUCUUUAGACUGUAAAUUAGGCAUAUAUUCUAUACAAUAAAAUUGUGAUGCACCCUUUGCUGAGGUGAUUUCUUAACAUUUGUAAAUAUUUUCUUUUCUUUAGUUGUAAAUAUUUACAAUUUCUUGCCCCUUCUGA